AUGAGUGUAUUCAACCUUGAGGAUCAGAGGUUGUUGAUAGGUUACGCCGUCGAGUACAUCAAACAUGCUAUUUUCGAACAUUUUACCAGAUUCGAGCCAAGAACGCUCAUUAUUUGCGGAUCUGGACUGGGUGGGAUCGUGGAUAAAGUGUCCCCAAACCCCCAACCAUUGGAGAUUCCAUAUGAGAAAAUUCCUGGCUUCAAAACGAGUACUGUUGCAGGACAUCAGGGGAAGCUUGUCUUUGGAUACAUGCAGGGCAGUCCAGUAGUACUGAUGUGCGGUAGACUCCACUACUACGAAGGACAUGCUUUACACGAGACAGUAUUCCCCAUCAGAGUCAUGAAUGAAUGGGGAUUUGUGAAGAACCUUAUUGUCACUAACGCUUGCGGUGCGAUCAACCCCUCUUAUCAAGUUGGCGAUCUAAUGUGCUUGAACGACCAUAUCAAUAUGCCUGGAUUAGCAGGCCAGCAUCCUCUCCGCGGUCCCAAUUUCGAAGAGUAUGGUCCACGUUUCCAGGCUUUAAGCGACGGAUACGAUUUGUCUCUGAGAAAGCUGCUGUACACUAAGAGAGCUCAAUUGGCCAUGGACAGGCCACUUCACGAAGGUGUAUACACGUAUGUGUCCGGGCCCACCUUUGAAACCAGAGCCGAAGCCAGGAUGAUAAGGUUGAUCGGAGGGGACGUUGUUGGCAUGAGUACCGUUCCUGAAGUCAUUGUCGCAAGACAUUGUGGGAUUAAAGUUCUAGCUUUGAGUUUGAUCACCAAUCAAGUUGUAACAUCCCUGCCAGCUAGUGCGUUGGAUGAAAACCCAGUGCCAAUCGACCGCGGAAAAGCCACCCAUGAGGAAGUCCUAGAAGCCGGCUUUCUGGCCUCUGUAGAUGUGGAAAGGUUAAUUGAAGCCGUAGUUAGCGAAUUAUGA